GUGAGACUUUUUCCGUGUCCACGGUGUAACACAGCGGCAGCUCGUGCGUAAUUUUCACGAUCCGCGUCGUACGGCGAAUUUCCCAAGUGCACAUUCACAUACAUCACUGCGCGAUUACGCUGGGCCCGGGGGCCAUCGCAACGGAUGGUGUAAACACCGGUACACCGUGCGUGUGUGUGUCUUCUGAAGCUUGUAAGGCAUUGCCGGUUUGAAACCUUCCUUUGGCGACAGCCAGAAGCCAGAAGAAAAGCAAACCGGUCCCAAGCUACGCACACACGGUGCGUUUGUGUGCAUGCGUUUGCGUGUAUGUGUGCGUCGUAAGAAUGGAAAAAUAUUUGGUGCAAUCGAGGAAGCAGAAAUCCGCCACCACUAUCACCCCAGCAGUAGUAACCAUCGGUCAAAGGCAGCAACAUUACUGAGACCAUUUCAACAGAAGGGUCCCAGGAAUUCAUUGGAGAAGCAUUUCCCGGCAGUUGGAACCCACCGUCUCCGGCUAGUCGAUUAGUGUUUGCUGUGGCAAUUCCAGUAGGAAGCGUGUGUGUGUCUAUGUUUGUGUCUAUGUUUGUGCAUGUGUGUCUUCUUCGUGUGGCAAAAUUAAGGGCAGAGUGUCUGUCGGUGUUUGUGAGAUGCACUCUAGUGCAACGGUGAGCAUUUUGAGAAAGUGCAUCUAAGAAAUAGAACUCCACCAGCAGUCUCUGGAGUGGCUUUUUUUCGCUCAUUGUGAUUGAUUGUGAUGUGAUUCUGUGGUAGAAGGUGCGCAAAGCAAUCCAGAUAAGCAAAGAAGACGAAAACCGGCCGUGCGAGUGCCAAAAAGAAGAAGAAAAUUACUCAACCGCGUGAGAAGAGUGCGUUGAGAUUCCUUUUUUUUCAAAGGAGACAGAGAAGUUAUAUCCGCUACAGAACGUGGAGCAGCUCUAGUGUGACAGUGUUGCAAGGCAGGAAGCGGAAACCAUUACGACCAUGUCGGCCACGAUGAGAACCACUCUGCAGACGGUGCCGGAGUCGCUGCCGGCCGAUCACAUCACCAACAGUGGCGCCCCGGUGCAGUGUGCCGCCCAGAUGGAACCGAAAUCGCACUCGCACAGCAACUCGGCCGGCAACAAAUCGAUCCGCUCGUCCACCAGCCGGUGUAGGAGCGAGUAGGAGCAUAAUCGAAACAGCGCCAACCAACGUUUUCUGUCCGUAACGUACGACGACGGACACAGAGAUACGCGCUCAGGUGUGGUUCUUCGAGACCCAGUGUU